GCGCGUCCCGUACGCUAGCACAUACAUGCUUCAUUGUCAAAUUUUGCCCCGUUUCAUUUCGCUCAUCCGUAUUUUUGUCUGACACUCCCGCACGUCGACCACUUAUGCGUCGUGCUGAGAACCGGAUUUCACCCUACCCGUGUGCUUCAUGGGGUCGGGGGUCAGGACUCAUAAGAACUCGGGACUUGGGAGCACACCCAGUGUGUCGUCGAAUCCUGGGGACCGACCCGCACUCUUCAGUGCGGCUUCGGCAUCAAAUUGCACCACUUGGUCCUUCUAUCUCUUUCCACUCCAGCUCCAUAUGUUGACCCGUUUGUAUCGACCCUUCAUUCACGUCACUUUGCAUCUACUCAAUUGUUUGCUCGCCUUCAAUCAGUCGAUCUUUGCGCCGUCCACAUGGAGCGCAACAUCACAAACUCUCCUUGCCGCGGGUUUAGGUCCUGCCCGUCCGCUCACAAGGUUCGCCCCAAGUCGCGGCAACCCGUCCUGUUCUCAGAGCCCCUCCUUUCACAGUGUGCCCAUACUUCAUGCCGUAUCCGCGAUUGCUUCGGUUCUCCUUUUGGCACCAUUUAAUAGGUCGUCUUCAUUUCCUGUCACCAGCUCGCUUCCAUCCAAGCACCUGUUAUCCAUCGUGGCCGCCAUUUAUUCUUUCUCCUCUUCGGUCAGGUCUGCUCUGCGCGCUUCCCCUUCGACUCGUUUGCUGGGCCGGCCUGCUUCCGCAAUUUUUUCUCCUAGAUACCCUGCUGUCGUGGUGUGACCGUACACUCCGAUUAUCCACGUCCCCUGAUCGCGCACUUUUCGACAUUGCGUCUGCUGAUGACUUUGUUCUUGGCUACUAUUCAAUCAGAGCGCCGUGACUUUGAAGCCGCGCAAACUUCGGCUGCAUUUUCCAUGGUCAUAGCAACCUGCCUAGGCAUCCUGUUACCCGCUCCCUGUAAGCACCGGGAGCACGAUACAUACAUCGCAUGUGCGAAUACUCGGUCUAGCCCACUAUCCAAGCGCGUGUCCCGUCACUCGGCAUUCUCUUGAUGCUCGAACCUUUUUGCAGGUCGACGACUUACUUCCCGAAGGUGACCGCCUGGCUCACGCCAAACCCUU